AACCUUUUUGCAUUUAAAAUUUCAAUGUCCUAGAGUGUGCAAAAUGAAAAAGAAAGUCUUAGUUUCGCCCGAAGUGCAGGUGUGAAAUCUAGUGAUUUUCCGCCAUAUAUUAAACAAUAAUAUUUCAGUGGACAUUAUUUAGAACAUGUUUUUGAGUAUAUAAAGACCGUCCCCUGUCAUUAACUCAUUUCUGAAAAUGAUUUCGUUGUGGACAGUUCUAAUCCUCAUCUGUUACCCCAGCAGAGGUUUGCUGACAGUUGCAUAUACUCUUGAAGAUGAACAGAACCUUCAAACAGCGUUACUAUCUGGUUACAGCAAGGGUCUUCGGCCUGGAAGAGAUAGAUCUUUUCCGAUGACCCUUAACAUGUCUUUUGGCUUGCUGUCUAUCAAAGAAUUUGACUUGAACACAGGAAAAUUUUCCCUGACCGGGGUUUUUCAACUUAAUUGGAUAGACGAGAGACUCUCUUGGAACCCGGCAAAUUACAAUCAAACGAAUUCUACAGUGAUUUCACAGAGUCUUCUUUGGCUUCCGGAUCUCAUCAACGUUAAUCCUUAUGAAGAGAUAACUGGACUGCGCUUAGGAUUAUCCAUGAUUGUAGAAAGUACCGGGUUAUGUAACUGGUAUGCUAUCCAAACAUUUGAGACUGUGUGUGACACUGAUGUUACAAACUAUCCUUUUGAUACUCAGAUAUGUUCCCUUAGAUUCUACGUCUGGAGCUAUGAACCUACAGACAUUGACGUUGUAUUUGUGGCACCAAAAGUCGUCCUCGAUUUGUAUUCUGAAAAUGGAAUAUGGGAGAUCCAAGAUUCGGCAACGUACACAAAAAUAAAUGUGUACAAUUAUAAAGAAAUUAUUGUUGAUUUAUUCCUGAAACGUAGGACUUCUUACUAUGUUGUGAGCUUGAUACUGCCUUUAAUUUUUAUCGCCUUUCUAAUGGGCUUCGUUUUCCUUCUGCCUGCGGAUUCAGGAGAGAGAGUUGGGUUUUCCACAACAGUCCUGCUGUCGAUUGUCGUAUAUUUAACAAUCAUCCAAGACAUCCUUCCGGAAUCAUCGGAACCGAAUGUCUCCACCCUUGGCUUCAUUCUUGUAACGUUCGUUGUCAACGGGUCCUUCGUUGUCAUUGCUGUUAUCAUCAGCUUGCGUAUACAAAGCCAGUCUUGCCAGAAAGCAGUCCCUCUGUGUAUAAAUCGAGUGGCACUUUACCUUCGAAGGAGGAGAAAGACAAAAGACAUGGUGGAACCUCUUGACACAAAAUCAGAAUUAAAUUAUGAAGACGAAGAAGAAAAAGUGACCUGGCAUGAAGUUGCGAAAUGUUUUGACAUGUUUUGUUUCAUCCUUUUACAAAUUUUCUUUUUUGUAACUUCCACGAGCUAUCUUAUUAUAGUCAACACGUAAGAAAGAUCAAUAUUGACACCUUUGUGGUUGUAAGAACUAAUGACAAUUUUUUUUCAUGAGUUCGGACAUAGGCUAUUCCCUAAAGUGUUAAGAACUUAUUGUUUUUUUUUCCUAAUAAUAAUGAUUAAGUGAAAUGAAAUUUAGACUUAUCUUCAAAAAAUUUAACUUCACUGCAAAUAAUCAUAUAAUUCCGACAUUUCUUUGCCGUAAAACUGUACUCUAAGUUUUGAGAACCUGUGCCGCCUAUUCCUUUUGUUUUCGGUGACUUAAUAAUCAAAAAUCACAAACGACUAACAAAAUGUUCAUAAAUCUUUUAGUAUCUACUAAUCAUUAAACACAAAAAUUCAUAUACUUUUAGUUCAUGUUGGCAUAUAUGGUUCUGUAUUCCAUAAGUAUCGCCUGUCAGCCAUUGAUGUAGUAAACUGCAAUUUCAUCAUAAAUAAUUACCAAUGAAAAAGUGCAACUCAUAUAAUGCAUAUUUUGCAAUAAAAUACUUUCCGUAAAUAUAUAUUGUCAUUAUUACAAAAAUUUAUAAAAAUGAAAUGUAGUUAUUGCAUUGGAUUUCAGCUCUUUAGUAAUAAAAUAGCUAAAGUGGUGAAUACUUUACUACAGAUAAUAUUUUAUUUUACACAUUGUAUUUAAAUUGUGGACGCAUUUUUAUGCAAUAUUUUGAUAUUAUCAUACAAUUUACAUCUGUCGAAAGGACAGUCAAUUUUCGAACGUACGUGCCCUGUAUUUUACACCGAAUACUUUUAUGCGUGUUGACUUGUGAAAGUUUGUGAUUAUGUUAUAUUAAUUGCAAUUCUGCGAUUUUGUAAAAGACUACUAGUAAUUGAUACUUUUUUUUUAUAUCGUUUCAAAUGUGUGCUUUAAUGUAAGAAAUAUGUAUGAUGAUUAAAAGAAUUUUAAAAACAGAA